GGAAUACUCGCGUGACGGGAGGGACCUGGGCAGUGCCCGCCUCCAGCCGCAGCCGCUAUAAAUAAAAGGCUCCCAGCCCAGAAGCCAGGAGAAGUUUCUAGGCCUGCGUCCCAGGGUUUAUUAAGCUCCUGGCUCCACUUUAGACCUUGGCGGCUCUGGCUUCGAGCCUGGACAGCCUGGGAGGACAGCGGCUGGCGGAUCGCGGGUGAGGCGGUGUGGACAGGGCUCUCUGGGAUUCUGCAGGACCAGCCCGGGUGGCCUGUGGCGGCCGGAGAGACUUCGGGGGUUGGGACCCCAGCCUGGUGCCUGCCUCCACCCUCCGCAGCGGAUGGUCCAGCAGCUUUUGAAGCUGAAGAAUUAGCUGGAAGGCUAGCCCACCACAUCACCUUGCUGUGUGACCUUGGGCAGGUGGCUCCCUCUCUCUGAGCCUCCAUUUGUGCUCCAGCUCAGCAUCCGCCAUGGCUGAUGGUCAGAUGCCCUUCUCCUGCCACUACCCAAGCCGCCUGCGCCGGGACCCCUUCCGAGACUCGCCCCUCUCCUCGCGCCUGCUGGACGAUGGCUUUGGCAUGGACCCCUUCCCCGACGACUUGACUGCCCCCUGGCCCGACUGGGCGCUGCCUCGACUCUCCUCGGCCUGGCCAGGAUCCCUGAGGCCGGGCACGGUGCCGCGGGUGCCGACUGCCACAGGCAGGUUUGGGGUACCCGCGGAUGGCAGGAGCCCCCCGCCCUUCCCUGGAGAGCCCUGGAAAGUGUGUGUCAACGUGCACAGCUUCAAGCCAGAGGAGCUGAUGGUAAAGACCAAGGACAGAUACGUGGAGGUGUCUGGCAAUCACGAAGAGAAGCAGCAUGAGGGGGGCAUUGUGUCCAAGAACUUCACCAAGAAAAUCCAGCUUCCUGCGGAGGUGGACCCCGCCACGGUGUUCGCCUCGCUCUCCCCGGAGGGCCUGCUGAUCAUCGAGGCUCCCCAGGUGCCCCCGUACUCGCCAUCGGGAGAGAGCGGCUUCAGCAACCAGCUUCCUCAAGACGGCCAGGAGGUCACCUGCUCUUGAGACCCCAGUCUUGGCCCAUCCUUGUCACCCCCCCACCCCCAGGGCUUCUCUGAUUCCAGGGUACAUUAGUCAUCACUUCAGCUGAACUCAUAGAUUUAGUGCAACUAAAAUGUUGGGGGUCAGGGUCAUUUGACCAGUCCCUAGAUAGUGUAGUACUAGGUGUUUGCACCAAGAGGGCGCAAUUGGCAAGUCAUGCUGGGUGGCGUUAGGCCAACAUGCUGGAAGUUUUUCUUUCUUUACUUUUUCUGUCUUGAUAAAAAUGUCCUACAUUCAACAGUUGCACAGCAUGCAGAAGGGGACAUAGCAUUUCACACAGUACCUCACCAUGCAACUGAUGCCAGGGCUGCUUUUCUCUGGGGACCUCGCAUCACCCAGAUUCCUAUUCUGGGCCCCAUGUCCGUGCCUGCCCCCUGGUUGGCUGAUGGGGCCCAUGAGCUCCCCGCACUGUGUUUCUGCAGCCCUGGCCUAUAGCGGUGACAGCAGGGCUUCCUCCCCAAACGGGAAUUACCCAACAGUCACAGGAAAACAGCAGUGCCUUCUGCCCUCCGCCCAGCACCUGCCGCACGUUCCCGAGCUCGCAGUCCCCCAGGAGUCUGGAAGCCCCUCGGUUUACCCUCUAGCUAACGUCCCCCUUCCUUGUGUCUGUGUCCUCGUCGGGAUUUUUACAGAGGGGGCUGUCUCCAGGCAGCUCCGCCAGGAACCAAGCAAAGGCCAGACAGCCGGCAGGCAGGAUAGGGGUACUGUGUAUAUGGGUGGGACGUGUGUGUCAUUGUUAUCUGAAUUGUGCUGUUCUUUAGGGGAAACAUAACAGUAAAUAAUAAUAAAGGAACUGGUGUUCUUA